UGCGCCCCAAAUAACUUUUUUCGUCGCGACGGAAGUGCUGCUCCAACCUUCUGUUUAUCAUCAGACUCGAAGGCUCAACCGUCUCUUUUCCUCCUCUUCAUCUCACAUCGUGUAUUCCUGAGCGGCACGUGAAUUCAUCCGACAGGUGAGUUCCGAUUUGGUCUAGCGGCAGUGCAGCUCGACGUUUGGCGGACGAUCAGCAUUCGCUGGAGCUGCCCUGCUGCCAUCGCUGCAAGAGUCAGAGUCAGAAUUACUCACACAUUCGCCGCCUCAACAGAUUCGCAAUCACUACCCGCGAUACUCCCCCCCAAUCGCCAAGGCGCUACAAGUCUAUAGGAAAACCAUUCUUCGAUUCUCUCCUCCCCAAAGUCAUCAUGAGCGAAGCAGAGGCUGUUCAGAACCCUACUGAGCCCGUGGCUCCCGUUGAGGCUCCCGUCGAGGAGAAGGCCAUUGAGCAGCCCGAGGCUACUGAGGCUACCGAGUCUACCGAGGUAGCUGAGACCAAGGAGACUGAGACCAAGGAGUCCGAGGAGACAGAGAAGAAGAAUGGUGCCAACAUCCUCAAGACUACAGCCAAGAUUGACCGCGACAAUGCCUCAAACAACCGCAAGUUUGAUCCCUCUGUCCGACAAGUGACCGAUGACCCCGAGGAGAUCAGGAAGCAGGUUGAGUUUUACUUUGGCGACUGGAACUUCCCCCAGGACAAGUUCAUGUGGGAGACGUGCGGAGGGUCCGAGAACAAGCCCAUGCCGAUCGAAAAGAUUCACUCAUUCAAGCGUAUGCGCUGCUUCCAGCCCUACAGCGCCGUUGUUGCUGCCCUCCGGGAGAGCAAGGUGCUCGAGGUGGUUGGAGAGGAAGGCAAGGAGGCCGUCAAGCGCAAGGUGCCCUACAAGCCCAUGCCCGCCUCCAAGGCCAAGGCCGAAGCUGCCACCGUCUACGUCAAGGGCUUUGGUGACGAGCAGCCCGAUACUCAGUUCGAGCUGGAGACCUUCUUUGCCCAGUUCGGUGAAGUCAAUGGCCUGAAGCUCCGUCGCACCAACGAGGGCCUCUUCAAGGGCUCCGUCUUUGUCACAUUUGCCGAUGAGGAGACGGCCAAGAAGUUUAUUGCCCUGGACCCUACUCCCAAGUGGAAGGAGCACGACCUGAAGAUCAUGUCCAAGCACGACUACUGCGAGGAGAAGAGCGAUUUGAUCAAGCAGGGAAAGCUGGCGCCCAACGGAACAUCGCAGAAGAAGUUUUACGAGGGCAGGGACUUUGGCAAGAGAACCACCCGCAGCGGUGCAUCUGGAGAUCAGGAUGACUGGAAGAAGCGACGCGACCAGGACCAGAAGGGUGGAUUCAGAGGAGGUCGCGGAGGCCGUGGUGGCCGUGGCCGAGGUGGUCGUGGCGGUCGUGGUCGGGGUGGCCGUGAUCGCGACUCUGGCCGACAGGAGAAACGCGUGGACGCUGCCGCUACCAACCUGAAGAGACCCCGGGAGGACGAUGCUGGUGCGGCCCCGGCUGCGAAGAAGGUUGACACCAAGACCGAGUGAAAAAAAGUUGCUACGCGCAAACAGGUUCUUAGUUUACUCGUUCGUCAUCUCAUGUUAGAGAUGCAGGACGAUUUUCUCUCUCUUUUCGGGCAUCUAAUCGUCAUCAUGAAGACGAGCCAACAUGAACACGGUGCUUAAGAUUGCACCUGGCUUCGGUCUACCCAAAUCUAUAGUUGAUGGGUUAAUAUUGGGCGUGUCUUCCAUUUUUGUUUCGUGUAUCAUAUACAUGCGUCGGUUUUCAAUGGGGAUAUAUUUCAACCGACAGGAAGCUGGGCUUUAGCUGAGAUUGUAGCAGCUGAUUAAACAAAAAAAAUAUACAUGAUGAAGUCCGAGAUGUCUUAUUCAGUCUAUAAUCCUGGUGCUAAGUCGGCUUGUUACCGUGUUGAAUCGGCUAUAUGGAUAAUAUACCUUACCUACU